AUGCCUCGCCUUCUGAUAGGAUAUUUGGUUCCUCUCAACGACAAGCUAGAGGAAGACACUUCAAUCCCCAACAUACCCCUCAACCAAGGUCCAAAUUACAUCGGCCGCCACACCACAGCUUCCCUCUCCGACAAAAGACUUAGCCGCAAGCACCUCACUCUCACUGCCUCUCCUGAUGCUUCCGCCGUUUUGGCCGUGGAGGGAACCAAUCCCAUUGUUGUUAAAUCGGAGAAUACUAGGAAGAAAUUGUUUCCGAAAGACAAUGCGACUAUACACCAUGGUGAUGUUAUAGAACUAAUUCCGGGGCAUUAUCUUUUCAAGUAUAAUACACUGUCUGGUAACGAAAAUGUAGAUGCGCAUGGUGUCCAUAACCAUAAGAGGGGUUCAAACGAUAGAGGAAAGGGUGCUGAAGUUGAGGAGUUGAGCCGAAAACGGUCACGUCAGCUAGUGCUCCAAGAGAAAGGUUCCAAUACAAGUUUUAAGGCUGAAGUGGAAGGAAGCAGCUUGGGGGCUGAGAAUCGUGGGAAUUUUCAGUCUGAGAGAGAUGGCGGUCAAGUGGAGGCCAUACAGCAUUUUCGUGUUCCUAAUGAUAAAAUACCACAGACCUUUCGGCUUUUGAAUGUGCAAGGACUUCCCCAAUGGGCAAAUACCUCUUGUGUUUCUAUAGGGGACGUGAUUCAGGGGGAUAUUGUCGUGGCUAUCCUUUCAAAUUACAUGGUAGACAUCGAUUGGUUGAUACCUGCAUGCCCAAAAAUUGCAAAAGUCCCGCAUGUCUUGGUUAUUCAUGGUGAGGGUGAUGGUACACUGGAUUAUAUGAAGAGAAAGAAGCCUGCAAAUUGGAUUCUACACAAACCACCAUUGCCCAUUUCAUUUGGGACGCACCAUUCCAAGGCCAUGCUUCUUGUGUAUCCUCGAGGAGUGAGAAUUAUUGUACACACAGCAAACUUAAUAUUUGUUGACUGGAACAACAAAAGCCAAGGUUUGUGGAUGCAAGAUUUUCCAUGGAAAGAUCAAAAUAAUCCAAGCAAAGGAUGCGGAUUUGAAAAUGACUUAAUUGAUUAUCUCAGUGCACUUAAGUGGCCCGAGUUUUCUGUCAAUUUUCCUAACUUGGGAAGCUUCAAAAUCAAUCCGUCAUUUUUCAAGAAGUUUGAUUACAGCAAUGCAGCAGUGAGGUUAAUUGCAUCUGUCCCUGGAUAUCAUACGAGUACGAACAUGAAAAAGUGGGGACAUAUGAAGCUACGCACUAUUCUCCAGGAGUGCACUUUUGAUAAAGAGUUUCGGAAAUCUCCUCUUGCUUAUCAGUUCUCCUCCCUAGGAUCUUUGGAUGAGAAGUGGAUGGCUGAGCUUGCGUCUUCAAUGUCGUCAGGUUUAUCAGACGAUAGAACUCCCCUCGGUCCUGGGGAGCCACUUGUAAUAUGGCCUACAGUAGAAGAUGUCAGAUGCUCUCUAGAGGGUUAUGCGGCUGGAAAUGCGGUUCCAAGUCCACAAAAGAAUGUGGAGAAAGACUUCUUGAGAAAGUACUGGGCAAGAUGGAUGGCACGCCAUACUGGCCGCUGUCGUGCAAUGCCACAUAUAAAGACAUACACUCGUUACAAUGGUCAAAAACUUGCUUGGUUCUUGCUAACUUCAGCAAAUCUUAGCAAGGCUGCCUGGGGAGCUCUCCAGAAGAAUAAUUCACAGUUGAUGAUCCGUUCUUAUGAGCUUGGAGUGCUGUUUCUGCCGUUUAAAACAUGCAGUUCUGGAUUUUCUUGUACCAGUAAUGGGGUUCCGUCAGAGGAUAAACGCGGACGGCCAGAAUCUUCGGAAGCAUCGAGAACAACACUUGUGACUCUGAAUUGGCAUGGAAACAGGAAUUCAGAUUCAUCAUCUGAAGUAAUCAAAUUGCCUGUGCCUUAUGAACUCCCUCCCCAACCAUACACCACUGAAGAUGUGCCUUGGUCUUGGGACCGGCGGUAUAACAAGAAAGAUGUUUAUGGUCAAGUUUGGCCGCGACACGUUCAGCUCUAUGCUACUCAAGAGUCAUGA